AUUUGCCAGAAAAGUCUUGUUCCAGCAGAAAACUCGGUCUCAUUCCAGUCAGAGGUGGAGGGAACUCAUUUAAUCGACACUAACGAACCCGUUGGGAUUAACUUUCUCUCCCUCUUGGUUGGUCCCUGCAGUGGUCCCCAUCCCUAACAAACAGUAUGUCCGAGUGGGUCCGGUCACUGUGCAUAACAACAUGUUGUUCAUGUGGACUUUCCUUUAAUGACAGUUGGAUGAACACGUUCCCUUCAAGUGCCAAAUCUUGGGAAUCUCUGGUUGAAAUUUCUAGCCGAAUGCCACUCUAACUGUGCUUAAUCAAGGACCGGAUAAAGAAAAUAAAGAGAAGACCGUGUCGACGCUAAAGAUAAUGACCAUUUGGCUCUAUGAGCUCGCGAAAGUGUGAGGAAAUGGACCUCAUUUUGUUGGUGUUAUGUGGGGGAAAACAGUUGAAAAUUACCCCUUGAGCACCACAGGUGCUGGGAGGCAAUAACAAUGGAGAGCUUCAACGUUGUUGGACAAGCCUCCAAGGAGGGAGCAAAUCUCGGAUGGUUGUGUGUCUGAUUCCCAUUAGCCGUCGUGUAACUUGGAGCUCUGCAGCCUCAUCUGCAGUAGAAGUUGAGGCUCGGGGCCUCUAUCCUCCUCAUUCUCUCUCUCUCAUUCUUGGAUGCUUGUGGGUCGCUCGUCGUCAUCGUGCCUUGAGGGGGAAAUUCGUUCCGAGAAAGCAUGGAUUGAGUUGGAAUAACGAGACGAAGAGGCCAUAAAAAUUCUAAUAGCCUCAAGUAAUAUUCCGAGCGAUUUGGAAGAAAACCCUACGAAAUUGGGAAUUUCGGUAUGAAGGGCCCCUCGCCAUCUUCUUGUUGAAGAAAAUCAAAUGGACAUCCUUACCCCGAUCUAUUGCUCAUGGACAUGUUGCCCAUCAGGGUCUUGCAUCUUGUUCUUUCAUCUAUCUAUGCAAUCAUAUUGAUAGGAUGACCGAUGAAAUGGAUUCCCAUAAUGGUCUAACUCUGCCAGAAUUGGAGGUCCCGGAAUCCGGGGUCAUAUUCACGUUUGGCAAGUCCAAGUUCGCCGAAAACGCACCCAGCAAGUUUUGGAUCAAAAAGGACCUCAUCACUCAGAUCUCUUGUGGCGAUGAGCACACGGCCGUGGUGACCCAUUCUGGGCGACUCUUUACCUUCGGCAGCAACGAGUGGGGACAAUUGGGGCUUGGUCACAAUGAGAGCGUGAUCAAGCCCAGUUGUGUGAAGGCUCUAAAGCCCGAUAAAGUGAUCCUGGUGGCUUGCGGCAAGAGUCAUACCAUUGUUUACAUGGAAAGUGGGCGUCUCUUGGCUUUUGGUUCGAAUGCCGACGGCCAACUCGGCGUAGGACGAACGCCUGAGUUCACUAAUAGACCUUUGGAAAUCACCAAUGAAGUGAUCAAGGAAGAGGUGGCUCAGCUGGCCGCCGGCUUUUCUCACACAAUGGCCUUGGGACAAGACAGUGGGCAGGUGUACGUUUGGGGCAAUAACGUGGAUGGUCAGCUGGGCUUGGGCGAAGAUGCACCCGAGACCUUUUAUGAGCCCACUCUCCUGGAAUUUUCAUCUCGCAUUUCGCAAAUUUCCUGCGGUUACCACCACAGUGCCUUCAUAACUAGCCCGGAAGGUUUUCUUUAUGUCUUCGGAGAUGGAGAUGACGGCAAAUUGGGCCAAGGAUCUCAAGGGGCAGACUCAGAGUCCUUCUCAUGCGACGAGCCGAGCAAAGUUAAUUUACCAGAAAAGGCCGUAAUGGUGGCGUGUGGAGGAUCUCAUACAGUGGUGCUUACCGAUGUUGGCCAUGUAUAUUCAUUUGGACUCUCCACCAACGGUCAACUUGGUUUGGGCACGAGCAUUCUCAGCGCCAGAGAUCCAACCUUAAUUACUUCGUUGGCCAAUCAUUUUCCAGGCAAACUGGUUCACAUUUCUUGUGGGGAAAACCACACGGCCGUCGUCUCCGAGGAUGGCCAUGUAUUCAUGUUUGGCGACGGUCGUCAUGGAAAGCUCUGUCUGGACGUUGAAACCAUGACCAAUCAUUUCACACCCGUGUACCCAUCUCGCUUCCAGGGAUUCCAAGUGCAAACUGCCAAAUGUGGGGGCUGUCACACGAUGGUUUUUGCCCUUCCCAUUCCCGGUUACGACUUCGAGAAACCUCUUCGAGACGGGAUAAAUGAGGCAUUGCUAGAAAAUGGCCAUCUCGACGAAGACGCGAACCCCAACGCUCGGCAAAUUCAUCGAGAUUCCAAUCAAGAAAAACGGCUUCUUCCUCCUAUUAAGCCUCGACAAACGCUCCCCUCCGAUCCCAAUGAAAUUCUACAUGUGGGCUCAGACAUCAUAAAGGUUAAUGGCGAUGAAAGUGGACCUGGAUAUCCUGACAACCAAGACGAGAGCCGCCAUUCGGCAGUGCCCUCAUCCGAAGAGGAGACCGACAACGUCGAGGACAAGAGCACAAAAUCACCCAACCAAGAGGAAGACGAUGGAGGUAACACCGAGAAGAACGGAUCUGACGACCAAACUGAGGAACAACGCCAAGAUGAUGAUAAUGAGGGAAAGACCGAGACCGCAAGGGAUCAGAGUGAACCUGAGACCAAAACCAAGGCGACGGGGAAACUUACCAACUUCUUCUCGUCGUUGGGAGUGAAGAAGAAAUCGAAGGCGACGAAGCCAGAGCAGCUCACCGAGGCUCCAAGCAAGAACGAGGAUGCUCCCAAGGAAAUCAAAGCCAAGUCCAGUGGAGAUAAAGUUAAAAAUAAAAAACCUAAAACUGUGCGAUUCUUCAGCCGCUCUAGAGCGGACGUCAACAAGUCGGAGGAGAGUCUUCAAAAGUCGUCGGAAAAUGAAGAUGAAGCUCCCUCACAAGGUUCAUCUUCAGCAGCCAAAUACAAAGAAGAGCCAGGAAUGUUUGAUGAUGAUGAUGAUAAUGAUGAUGAUGAUAAUGCCAAAUCCUAUGAAUCCUUGGGACAAGAAAACCCUGACGACAAUUUAGAAGAGGAGUCUGCGGACGACUUGAAUAGUUCAACCCGAUCGAUGCCAAACAAACCGGAAUCACAUCCAGAAGUGAGGGAAGCAUUUAUAGAUUUACAAGACUCUACGACACAGAAAAAGAACAAUGCAACGACCAACCAUGAAAAGGCGAAAUCCAAGACAUGCAUCUUGAUCUGAAAGCUCAAAUCAUUGUUCAAGUCACACAAUUGAUUGCAAUGAAACUAUUGGGACUCAGAGUUGUUCUCCCAAUUUCUAGAGUAUUAUUACGCACCUGAACAAUAGUCUUCUUAUAAUGUACAAUUAGUGAGUGAAAGCCAAAGGAUUUGUCAUUCCAGUUUACCCAUACGUAACCCAUCAAAGCACAAAAUAUUAUGCGACUUGUUAAACCCAGA